AUGAACGGCGGUCGGUUUGAUUUCGAUGAUGGGGGCACGUACGUGGGAGGCUGGGAGGAGGGGAAGGCUCAUGGUCACGGUGUGUGUUCCGGUCCUCAAGGAAAGGGUGAAUAUGCGGGCGCUUGGCAUUACGGCUUUGAGGUCUCUGGAGCCUACUAUUGGCCUUCAGGAAAUACGUAUCACGGCCAGUGGCAGAAUGGGAAGCGACAUGGGUUAGGUGUGGAGCAAAGAGGACGAUGGACCUACAAAGGGGAAUGGACGCAGGGUCAGAAAGGUCGGUAUGGGGUACGUAACUCGGCCACCUCUCAAGCCCGUUAUCAAGGCACAUGGUCUGGCGGAUACCACGACGGUUACGGGACUGAGAUAUAUGUGGAUGGUGGCAACUACCAGGGCCAAUGGUUGCGAGGCCUACGUCAUGGUUACGGCACACGACGUAGUGCAACCCAUGGGCAGGCGGCUAAACUUCGACCGAAGUCGCAUACCCACGCCUCCCUCACAAGUCUGCGUAGUGGACGAGGUGAUGAAGAGAAUGAAGACGAAGAAGAAAAAGAACAACAAAAUGGGCGUAGUGGAUUUGUAUUGAAGGCGAACAGUAAUGCACCAGCUAGGCGCAGAAGGUAA